AUGGGCCAGUUUGGGGGCCAGAUCCCGGCGGUUGCGGUGCAUGGGAGUGUGCCACACCACGGGCAAGCACGCAAGGCAGGUCACGCCCCCCCUCGCUGCUCAGAACCCCCAGAGAAUUUAAGGCAUGAAGCCUCCUGCCUGUCUCAGUGUGCUGGUGAGCACAAUGUGCUGAAUCUCCCACCAGGAUCCAGGCUCAGCUAUAGGUAUUCUUCUUCUACCCACACUUUUCUUCAAGGGGUCAUGCACAAAAGGAGUGGCAUCAUCUUGGACAGCACAGUGCUCAUCGAAGUGCAAGCAAAAUGCCAUCACGUUUUAAAAUUGCAAGAUGUGCAGAUAAAGACAGCCUUUGAAUCCAGAGAGGAGUUGUUCAAGGACAAUAACAGUCUAAGGGAGGUGCUGGAGCAACACCCACUGCAGUUUUGCCUUUGUAAUGGGAAGAUCCCAAAGAUCUUCCCUCAGCAGAGGGAACCAACCUGGGCGCUCAACAUCAAGCGAGGAGUUCUCAGUGUUCUUCAGACAUCAUCCGCCAAUAGCAGCACAGAAGAGGUGGAUGUCUUGGGGAUAUGUCCAACCAUAUACCAACAGAAAGGGUCUCUCCUUCUGAAGACAAAAGAUUUAAACCUGUGUACUCACCGGUUUUCCGAAUUUACUGCUCUGAGGUCUGUUGCUCUGCCUGGUGCACCAGCCCAACAGCAGUGGCCUCUCUUCUCAAAACUUGAAUGUAUCCAGCAGUUUGAGGAGGGGAUCCUGGCAGAAGUCAAGUGCACUGAAUCCACCCUUAUUACACCUUCUGUGAGAAGUGGCAGUGGUGGCUCAAAGAUACAGAGUCAAACCACAAUGAAGCUGUUGCGAAGGGAAGCUGGUAGAAGAAUCGAGAGAGGAGAUGACCAGAAUGUCUAUGAGAGUAACCUACUCUAUGAAAAGGAAAAGCCAGUGAGGCAGCCCAGUGAAGAGGAGGUGGCCUCAAUUCUGCAGAGGCUGUGUGUGUCGCCUAGGGUGAAUUCUGAGUCAGCAGAUCUCUUCAUGAAGCUGGUGUUCGAACUUCAGCACCUCUCUGUCAAAGCUUUGCUGAGCCUGUGGCGGAGAUCUUCACUGAAGUGCAGACACAACUGGCAACCCCUGGUGGAUGCUCUCCCCGCCUGUGCAACUGAAGCCUGCAUUGUCCUGAUGAAAGAGAUGAUUGUGUCAGAAGAACUGGAAAAGGACCAAACCGAGUCUUUCCUGUGGUCGCUCGCCUUCAUUCCAGAGCCCACUGCAGGCAUGAUUGAGGCCUUUGCUCCUCUGCUGGAGUCACCAGGAGGAGGGCCGAGUGCCUUUUUGGCAAUAACUGCCCUUGUGCAUCACUUCUGCUCUAUGGGGGACGCUUGUGACCAGGAUCCAGCAGUACGGGGGGUCAUCAGGAAUCUAGAGGAAUACCUGGGAAGAAACUGUACCGUGCAUGAAUCAGAAAGGCCUGGGCAGGUGGAACUUGUUUUAAAAGCCAUUGGAAAUGCAGGGCUAGCAGGGACGUCUCUUGCCUCCUUCCUGAGUUCCUGUGCAAGCCGGAAAAGAAACCCUACGGAAAUCCGGCUGGCUGCCAUAGAGGCUUUCAGACGCAUUCCUUGUGCAGCCAAUCGCACCACAUUAGUCCAACUGUAUCAAACCUAUGAUGAGGAUGUGGAAAUAAGAAUUGCUUCUUAUCUUAUGUCCCUAAAAUGCCCAAGUGAAGAAUUAUUUAACCAAAUUAAAUGGACUUUACAGGAGGAGAAGUCCAGCCAAGUGGGUUCUUUUGUGUGGAGUCACCUUUCUCAAAUCUUGGAAACGAAUGAUCCGCUGAAGCAAGAUCUUAAGAAUUCUCUUCCCGAUGACAUUCUCAGUAAAGAGUUUGACGGGGAGGCAUGGAAGUUUUCCUCCUAUUCAGAUGCCACUUUCCACUCAGCAUCAGUAAGUGCAAAUGCUGACACCAGGCUCAUCUUUUCACCUUCAUCCUUCAUUCCACGCAUGAUUGCAACCAACUUGACCAUCUAUGGGCUGAGACGAGCUGUCAAUCUCUUGGAGCUGGGUAUCAGGCUGGAGAAUGUGGAAGAUGUUGUUCAGAAAUUCUUCGGCCUCCAUCCUGUUAGAGAUAACAAAGAACGGAACUCAAAAGUGGAAUCGCCAGAAGAGGAGGCAGCAAGCAAAGUACAGCCAAACAAGCAGACCACCAGAAGAUACGCUCAUAGGAAUGGUUUUCUUCCUAAAGAUGACAAGUCCAAGUUGAAGAGGGAAAAUCUGAACUGCCCAGGGGGGCAGUACAAUAAGAUGAGUGAGUUAGUGAAAAAGUUCACCAAAAGAAUGGGGAAGAGGAAGGAGCCAAAAUGCAAUCUGAGCAUAAAAAUCUUUGGGAAUGAGCUCUUGUUUUUGGACUGUGGACAUCUAAGGAAUCAAGUGAAACACUACUACCUGGACCUUGCAGAGUUGGGUGUCAAGCUGCUAAAGGGCCAAGAAGUCCAGUUUAAUAAACGUCUAAGUUUGGCCACUGAACAGUUGCUGUUCCCAGCCAUCUCUGGCUUGCCUGUCCUCCUGGCUUUAAACGCUUUAGCGGCCGUGAACGUGACUCUCAGAGGCAAUGUGGAUUUCAAACAGCGGAACAAUUUUUUCGUCAAUGGCUACAUCAAACCAAGCGCAAUAUUUCAAAUUUCUGCCCAAAUGGGAACGGUGGGAUUUCUAGGCCAAGCUGGCUUGAAAUGGGCCACCAGCUUACGGUCAUCAACCAGCCUUGAUGGAGGGAUCCAGGCAAAAAAGGGGAAAGAGUUCAAGUUAUUUUUGAAUACUCCCGAAGACUCCAUGGAAAUUGUAUAUUUUAGUUCUCAGCUGUUUGUAACCAAAGCUGAUGGAACGGAAAGUGUCAACAUUGUCCCACGCGAGAUUGAAACUAAAUCAUGCACGAAUGAAGAAGUGUCUAAGGCUCUGGGCUGGCAAUUGUGCUCUGAGGUUUCUGUCCCUGGCAAAGAGGCCGGAGGUUUCACUUUCCCAGUCCCUGGACCAACGAAAGCCGCUGUCACAUUGAAGAAGCAAGACAGAAGACUACACCAGUACUUAAUGAAAGCUGCAUAUAAUUAUGUUUCCCAGAAAGGUUCCUGGAUCCCAGAUGAAGCUGGCUUGCAUUUCUUUAUGGGGACUCCAAAAUCAGAGCUGAAAAGAGACAUUGCUAUAGACUUACAUUUCAAUAUCCCCCAAAAGAAACUGACGUUUGUAUUUGUUCAGCCAAAGAAAAAACUGCAAAUGAAUGGGGAAAUUGAAGUCUCUAGACACUCCCGAGUUGGGCAUCUGGAAUUAAUAGUAGAUGAUAGCAAUGUCUAUUAUGUUAAGGGAAGGAUAGAUUUGCAGAUGGGGAGUGGGGAGCAGCGGUAUGUGACCCAGCUGGAGGCAAAGUUGCUCAGACACGGAAGCCCCAUUGUUCUGUCUGGAAAUGUCACAAAGCAACCUGGCAAGAAGAUGGCCGUUUGGGUGUCCUUGAUUAAUCUGUUGAAAGAUGCAGCCGUCUUUUCAGUAUGCUUGGAGAAAAAGACAGGUGACACACUGAAGCAGUACUCACUGGAAGGAGAAACCCAUAUUCCAGGAAUUCUAGGCUCCCAUCUCAUCGGUCUAAUGCAACAGCGAGGAAGUCUCUGGUCCAGUGCCUUGAGAAUUAAAUAUGGAUUGUUUGAAGAUGCAAAAAACCUUAGACAGGAAUGUAACACAGCCCAGAAGUUAAAAGCGGAGAAUGGCCCACCUGGCACCUACAAGAUGAAUCUGGAACAUGAGUUUUACUGCACUCAGAUUCUGGCUUACAAUCACAAGGUUCAUUUGCACCAUGAAGAAACGGCAUCUCAGCUGCACUCCAAACUGGAGGUGAACUAUGGAAAGCACUGGGAUGAAUUCAACAACAAGAAGAGGGUGUUGGUCAGCCAGACCUUUAAAAAUAAUUCCAACCCAAAUCUGACCAGUUAUUUCAUGGAGUUCACAGCUCAUGUGUCAGAAAAGGAAGUGGACUACAGGACGCAGCUCCAGCACUCCCAUUCGGCUCAGAGUUUCACAGAAAGCAGCACCCACUUCAAAGUGCAGUACAACAACCGCCUGCCGUUCGUAGCAGGGCUGCAGUGGAAAGAUUCCUCCAGACCCGACCUGAGGAAAUGGGAAGGCACAUUCAACAUGGACACCCCUUGGCUGUACCUCUACGCUGCUCACAAGUUGCACCAAUUGCAUCGUUCGACUUAUUCAGCAACCACGGAGUUCACUGCUGGGAAGGCCUUUGUCAUCAAAGGUCUGGCCGUGGAAAUCUUCUGUAGAGAUAAAGAAGGUGACAAGGAAGGGAGACUCUGGAUCCACACGCCAACCACGACCUACCUGCGGGCAUCCACAGUCAAUCGGUUCGAGAAGAACAUUCUGCACAGCCAAACUGAAAUAGUGUCUCUGUGGAACCAGCUGAUCAAGAAUGAGAUUCGUCUGGAAAACAGCGAAUACACCAAGUUUCUCCAUUUCAAGAUCAAGUCCGCCAAACAAGAGUUUAAUAUCUCAGCUGCUUACUUUCACUUGGAGGCGCCUAAAAAGACCAAUGUCUCCAUGUGGGUUUUGUGGACGGACAACAAGAACCUGCCAGUCAUGUUGGAUGUUGGGGCACAGAUAGAAGAAGUCAGGAAGGAAAAAAUGUUCUAUCAAAAACAGGGGAUCCUCCACUUCAGGCAUCUGUUUAAAUUGCCCAUUCCACAAAGUUUCCUUCUUCAGGAAACCUUUACAGUGGACAAAAAGGAGAAGCACUAUUCCUUGGAGACCAAAGUUUUGAUCAAUGAGUUGGAAGAGUCUGUCCAAACACUCACACUGGGCUAUCAAACUGAAAAUCCAUACAUUUGUGCUGCGUUGGCUCAUCCUUACAGCAGCAAGACAUUUCCCAAGCGCACAGAAGCCUGUUUCACGACUCGGAAUCUCAGCAGUCUCCAGUUUCCACGCUCAGUAGUCAUGACGGGGGAGCUCUUUUCUAAAGAAACCAAGCUGGGAAAUUUUGACUGGGGUUUGAAUAUGAACACAACAGUCAACCAAAAGGACACUUCACAGUUCAGCGCUCUUCUGAACAGAUCGGAAACUCACUUGGGAAUUUAUUCUCAGCUUUCUCAUCUGAAUCAGUCAACUGUUCUUCCAAGUUUCCAGGCUCAUGCUACCACAAAGCGUUAUGGUGGAAACAGUCUCAAUGGAUCCUUUUACCUUCAUUCCAGCGGGAAAGACCUGGUGCUUCUUGAGGCUGAUUUUAACAGCGAGGCAAAAAAGAGUUCCAAGACUGUCGGAGUGAGCGUCUUUUUAAAACAGGCGAUUCUGACCCAGUUGAGAUAUCUGUGGCUGCAGCUCCUAGGGAAGAUUUCACCAUCCAGAAGUAUGCUGUAUUCUGUGAUGAAGAUGAGUCAGAAUUCCUUUUGCUUGGACAUUGUAGGAGCCAAGGAGCAGAAAGCGGGUCUUGUGCUGACCUUCCAUGCCAGUGUACAACAUGAUAUGGGUAGUUUAAAGAGCCUCCUCCCCCAAGAUCUUUCCCUGAAUGGUUCUCUGAAGUGCAAGAGCAACAUUCAUGAAGGAGCUGUAAGCUUGGCGAUGAACCAGUCAGUGUAUAGAUUGCACAUCUUGAACAGGAAUGUGCUUGGGAACUCAAGCGUUCAUAAUAUCACCGCAACCUUGAGCCAAAAUGGCAGCAGAGCGUUGCCGGCAGCAGCCAAGCUAAGAGGACAACUGGAGCUCAAUGAAGGACUCCACAGAGGUGUAGCCAGGAUGGAUCUGGACAAAACCAUUCUUUGCAUAGCAGUCUCCAAAGUCAGUCUUCGGGAACAGACUGGAGUCACAGGCACGCUCUUGCACAACAUGCAUGCCUUGUCCUCAGCAGGGCUGCCCACAGAAAGCAGCGUCACAGCCACGUAUGGCCAUGUCAGCAGCACCAAUCAGACCGUCACUGUUAAACUGCUGGGAGGCAAAAAACAGAUUACUGUAGUCUUGGGGAUUGAGAAACUGCACUUAGCGACUCUCCAGGCCCAGCUAACAGCCAGUUUGGAUCACAACAUUGUGGAGCUAAAGAACCACGGCGUUCCUUUCACUGUUGAAGGGACCUGCUACUACCAGAAUUUCAGCACCAGGCUUGCAGUGGGGAUGACUGUCCAGGCCGAGGAAGAACAGUUGAAGGUUGAACUGGAGCAUCAAGGCAUCAAUGGAACAGCAGGCUUUGCUCUUUAUCUCUAUCAUAAUGUGGCUGUCCUGCUUCAUUUCGUCCCACCAGUAGUACAGUAUCUCUGUGCCCUUAACAUCCCACGAGGUCUACAGGUCAGAGUGCUCAUUAACCCGCAAGCAAACAAGCCCAUGUCCCUGUUGAAUAUGACCACAGAUGGAUGGGAAAUGAAUUCAGAAUCAGUAGCAGAGGGGAAACCUCCAUUAAAGUGGUACGGGUUUGCAUCCCUGGUGAGCCCAGGUGCACCUGGUUUCAAGCACACCGCAGAGUUGAGAGGGUUUUAUAAUCCAGAGAAAUGCAGUUUGGGAAGUGAUAUCAGAGCUUCAAGCAACCAAGCGAUUGGGCUGCUGAAAUUGAAAAUGAAAUUCAAAGAGCCCUACCUGGGCAUUAUUGAAUGGUGCUGGAAAAAACGGAGCCAACCCAAAAGUGCAGGCAAGAGAUUCUCUCUGGAGGUAUCUGGUGAACCCCAGAAAAGCCAACUUGUUUGUAAACUGGUAAUGGACACCGGACCCAUGUACCUCAACGUGAGCGGCAAAUUUGUGUGGCUGACCAACUACUCUGAAGCUAGCUGCAGCUUGUUCUAUCACUGGCGGGGAAAGAAAUGGGGAGGAAAGUCCAUUCCAGAAGAUGUACAAAGUGCUGGACUUCUGACACUGGACACGCUUUCUCUAAGGGUACAAAUCAACUGCACAGUGGAUGGAAGGCCACUGGAAGUGGAAACAGUGACUGCCUGGGGAGAGAAAUUGGAACUGGAUUGGCAGCUCAUGCAUGGAGUCCCAGUCUGGAAGAAGGCUGGUCUCCCAGCCAGGAGCUGGCUGCAUGCCGCUGCCCAGUUGGGGAGCCCCGUGGAUCUGAGCUUGGAAAUGAUGAGCGGGCGGUGCAGGCUGACAGGCAUGGGAAAGUUUGGAAGGAAGCCUUUUGAGCAGUGGAGCCUUGUCCUUCACACCUCUUGUCCCCAGCUCCAGCUACCAGAAAAGUUUUUGUUUAACGGUUCGGUGCUCGCUAGCAACUGCGCAGCCAGCUCAAUUGGAGAGGUUGCUUCCAAUGAUACUUUGGUCCAGGUCUGCAACCCUGAAUUCUACAUGGAGAUCAGCCUCAGACACACCUGGCCGUUCCUGAGGUCUUUUGGCCUUGCCCAUGAGAACCAGAUAAGAAUUGCAGCCACGAGAGGGGAUUCAUAUACAGGCCUUUUGAAGGUUGCCCUUGGAGACUGCAAGUUGACAGGCAUUGGGGAACUGAGGGCGGACGACAACGUAACAGCGGCGGAGUGGGGACUCAUCCUGCUGAGUAAAUGUGACCUUCUGGAGGAAGCAGAGUUGCCCCAGAAACUAGCUUCUGAGGGCUUAUUCCUCAUCAAAACCUACAAUGUCAGCUUAGCCACAGACCUCCAGUUGAACAGCAAAAAUGCCACCCUUCGACUGGAGCUCUCUUCUACAGACAAAUACACCAUGAAAGGGACUCUGAGCCACUCUCUCCCUCAUCUCCGUGAUCUGGGGCUUCCUUCUGAAAGCUCAGUCCUGUUUUCUGUCACAAAUGGCUCUGUCCUGGAGGGACUUCUGUUGCUAAGCGCAGGCAGCUGCAAACUUGAGGCCAACGGAGAACUCCAGCCCCACAACAGAACUGAGUGGACACUGGAGAUGGAAACAGACUGCAAAAUCCUACAGGAUCUCAAUAUUCCGAGCUGUUCACAGCUGACUGGGUCUAUUCAGAGGGACGGCUGCCGAGCAGAAUUCCUCAGCGCCCUCAGAUCAGGAGGCAAAGAGGCCCGCUUGGAGGUGAAGACCCACUGCCAGCCAAAGGUCACCCUGGAAGUGGAACUGAGGCAGGAGCUCGGGCUGCUGAGCGGGAUCCCGUCAAACAACAAGCUGUCUGUCCAUUGUGGGAAACAGGCUAUGCGUGACAUUCAUAUUGACCUCAGGUCGGGCGCUUGUGAACUUCGAGCCAACAUAACCUUUCAUGCUGAAAACAAAUUCCGGUGGCAGACAAAGGUGGAGAACCACUGCAAAGCGAUACAGGGGCUUGGAAUCCCAGUAAAAAUGGACGGAUCUGGGCACAUCGUAAUAGAAAAAGCAAGCCUGGAUUCUCAAGUGUUGGUUUCUGCUGGUGACAAUUCUUUGCAUGGACUUCUCAAGUUAACCAUCACAAAUACCAAGCAAGAGCUGCAACUGUUGCUGACCCAUAAUAUCCAAGGAGCCAUUAACCUUGGCAUUCCUGCAAAGAUAGUAGCAGAUUUGAUUUCUCAAAAGACUGGGGCAGUCCGUAGAAGAUUUCUCCAGUUUAGCGUGGAUGACAAGGAGAUUGCAGAGGAACUGAGCUUGACUGUCAAGUCAGAUUAUGUCUCUCUCGAGUGCAAGCUCACCCAUAAUUUAGAGAUUUUGCAAGCAUUGGGAGUAGAAGACCAGAUUGAGUUCCACGUGAUGGUAACCUUUGAAAUGAAUGCCACACAAGAGAGAGAGAUGCAGACUGUGGCAGGACAAACCCUGAUCAUGUAUUUGUCCAACGCCUUUACUGGGGACCAGUCAAGUGACCCUUUCUGCUGCAGUUUCCCUGAGGAUGUGGCCCUGGAGGAAUCUCACUUUCCGAAAGCAAUCAAUCUGAUUUUCAUGCUGCAGAAACUAGGAAAAACAGCCAAACUAGCAUUUCAAGGACAAUAUAAUAACAGAAGUAUGAUUGUGGCCGUGGAUGUCAUCACUGGCUUUGGAAUGGAUGGUUCCUUUGAGCUUACAACAGAAGUGAAGCAUUCGCUACCUCAGCUCAACUACCUUGGGCUCCCUUUCAGCAUUAAGCUGACGCUGCUCGAGGUUCUUUCUGAAAAGAAGAUCGAAGGGGCCCUGAAACUGACAUGUGACCCCGAUGUGAAUCUUACAUUGGUUCUCAAUGCAAAAAGUGAAUUACGAAGUGAAGAAUUACAAAUAAAAUCUCAUCACAACAUGCCCAUUCUUCUCCAGUACUUUCCCAGCGUGGCUGAAAUUUCCUCAAAGGUGUCUUAUCCAACGAAAGAAGCAGAAGGAAAAAUUUCCCUCCAGAUGGAAAACGCAGAUUUUCAGGCCUUGACAAAAAUAACGUUCACUAGGACUAAUCGCACACAAGUUCUUCAGCUUAUGCACACAGUGCCCCAGUUAACAGUCCUUCCAGGACAACUUGUGCUCAUGACAGGCUACCAGAUAAGCAAGAGAAGCCAAAUUUUGAGAGGUUCUGCCUUAUGGAAUAAUAGCAAGGAGAUAAAGUUCAUCAGCACUUACCGUAGACUCUUCCCAAAGGUAUCUGGAGGCCAUGCUAUCAAGGUGGAAAUCUGCCAUCCUCUCCUAAUUCCUUUCCCUCAGCAUUCCACGCUCAACAUGUACGUGGAGCAUUCUGUCCAAAAACACAGGGAUGACCUUACCAUUGGUUGGGAUGACAAAGAACAGGUCGUAGUCUCAUCUUCUCUUAAGUUUGGGAGAGAGCACGUUGGUUACCAUGCUAGAAUCGCACACCCUUUUAACUUCACUUGGAGCCAAAUCGAGGUUAAUUCCCUGACUGAAAGCAGAAGAGGCAAAUACAACCAGCAGGUGCAGCUUGGUUGGAACAGUGGGCAGGAAUCCUAUUUAAAAAUCACUUUCAGAGAUAAGUCCAAAGUGAACGUCACACUUUGGGAUGCUUGCGUCGCGGCUUCUUCUAGCCAGCUACAGGAUGUUUUAACGGUUGGAAAUCUUCAGGCAUGCGGGUCCAUAGAGCAAUCGGCAGCCUUCUUUCAUCAGCACCUAGAUAUGAAGUGGGAUGGCAAAAGAGUCACACAAAAUCUGACAUACGAGAAAAGCAGGCCAUUGGAUAAAAUUCAGGUGGAAGCCAUUUUGGAAAACGUCUUUUUGACUUCCUGUUCCAAUCAAAACAUUCUAGGGAAGGUAGAAACGGACUAUUCUGCUUGGCUUCAUUAUUAUAUGAAUGUCGGAGCCUGUGGCCUUCCCAAUGCAAUUGCGCUCUCUGGAAAACAUCAGCUAAGCAAAAGAGAUUUCUUCCUACAAUCGGAAGGCAAAUUAAGCCUCGCUGGUGAGGAGAGGUCCAUCACAGUAGCCUUAAAGAAUUACAGUGAUGCUGAAGUGAAGAACUACUCAGUGGAAUUUGCAUUAAAAGCUUGGGAGGCUCUUUGGCUGGAUGUUACGGGAAGCUUGACCUCCUCAGCUGUACAAAGCCAGGUCCUGGUGGAGGGAAAGAUGGACGCCAAAGAGAAACUGAAACUAGCAGCUUCCAAAGGGAAGAAGUGUCUUCGUUAUUACAUGGGAUAUUUAAAGGGAGAUUUCGAAGACGGACUGGAGCUCUCAGCUUGUGUGGAUGGCCAGCAACGUGCCGUUCUUAAUGCCUACCUUGUCAUUAAUGGAGUGAGGCAGGAGGACAUGGGGCAACUGGCCUUGGAAGCCACUAACCGAAGCUUAACUUUGAAUGCCUAUUGCCGUGGCAAUCCACUUUUGAAGGCUGAGUCCAGAGUGAAUGAAAUAACAUCCGACCUACAACACAGACUGGUAGCAAAGAUCAAAAGCUUGGAGGAACGAAUUUGGGAGUUCAGAAGAUCGGUACAGCACAUUGGAUUCCUCUACGAUGCUGCUGGCUGGCUCUUAAGAUUCUCCCAGGAGGUAGCAGGAAUCAUCCAAAACGGGUUAAGAAGAGCCACCCAGGUGUGGAGGCAGAGUGGAGUCCAGCAUGCACUGCAGAACGACCUCCCUCUUUAUCUGGGGAAAAUUCAAGACUUUGCUCGGCAGAUGCAGAGCGAGCUGCAAAAGCCAUUAAGGACACUGAAGGAUGCCUAUUAUGACGUGACUUCAAAACCUUGGGAUGAGGUGUGGCAAGAAAGGACAGAAGAGUAUCUGAGGAAGCUUCAGGCUUUGGUCCCCACCAUUGUGAAGGAAGUCUGUCUGAUGGAACCCAUCCAGGUUUCUCUACGAACUUUGAAAACUGGCUUAGAUAUGGCAACACAACAGAUUCUAAGCUGGGCAGAAGCCAAGAUCUCGAAAGCAAUGGCCAAGAUCCAGAAACCUUUAUCGAACCUGUACAGUUUUUCAGCCAGAAACUGCUCCAUGGCCUUGAGGUUGCCAGUGCUGCCCACCGGAGAGCCCGGGCUGGACCCAGCCAAUAUCACAAACUAUCUCAUUGAAGAGAAACUGAUGAAGCCUCUCCGCAGCUUCUACGACAUCAACCUGGUUGCGGAAUAUUACAGAUUCAAGCGGAGCAUGAUGGAGAGCCCUUUUGCACAUCAUGCAAUGUUGAUGGGAUACAGGCACCUGCAGACAUUUGACGGGAAGAUAUACAGCUUGACUACCAAAUGCAGUGUGCUGCUAGCCAAGGAUUUUGUUCACAACACAUUUACUAUAGUCUUAAACCAGGACGACGCUGGAGGGAGGUCCCUCUACAUAGUCAUGGAUGGGACAGUGACCAUCAUCUACCCAGAACAGAAGGCCUACAAGAAGUACAACUAUUCUCUGAUGGAGGAGAAUUGCCAGAAUUUUGUUGUCCCUUUUGAAGAAAAUGAUAUUGCUGUUGGAAGACAAUCAGCUCAUAUAGAAGUGUCCAGUACCAAUGGGGCAUCGUUUUCGUGUGACCUUCGUUAUGACCUCUGUACUCUGACCUUAGAAGGCUGGCAUCAUGGAGCUUCUGCUGGCAUUUUUGGUACCAAUGACAAUGAAGCUGGCAAUGAAUGGAUGCUUCCCAAUCGUUCAUAUUCUGCCAGCAUGCAGGAAUUCACACACGGGUGGCAGGUGAGCAGCCAGUGCAGCCCGGCAAAGAAGAAAAACAAGCUGUGUCCCAUUGCAACGAGCCCUGAUAUCUGCAAAACGUUUUUCCAGGAUUCCAUUUCCAUCUUUAGGAACUGUUUUAAAGUAGUGGAUCCUGAACCAUUCUACAAACUCUGUGUAGCUGACAUGUGUGCGCUGCACAGUAUGAAAGCAGCCUGCACCUUGGCUGCAGCAUUUGUGCACUUGUGCGACAGGAACUUUGUCCCUCUGGAGAUGCCUUCUCAAUGUGAUGGUGAACCUAGGCUGAGAGACAGCAGCUUGCCUAAGGCCCUGCAAUGAGUCCAUGGAAGAGGAGAGAUUCUCACUCAGAUCUCUGAU